CCACAGUCAACAAGGCAAAAAUAGAGUUUACAGAGCAAGCUCUCUCCUCUCCUGACUGGUUCACUCGCCUCAUCUAACUAACCAUCCUCGGGGAAACACACUUUUAAGCGCGCACGCACGGACACACACACACACACAUUGAAGCUCCGCUCAGCAGCAGCAGGGAGUGAACAGCCAGCUUGCGACUUAUCCCCGCCAUUCCCCGGUACAGUAACUUCCUCAGCAUCUCCCGGCCUCUGCAGAGAGAGAGAGAGAGCACCGCCCGACAACCCAACUGGAAACCGGCCCCACGGCUCUAUAGUAACGGACUGACCGACCACUAAAUCCCGGAGAAGGGAAGAGGACUAUCUAGUGCUCAACAUCCCGUCAUCGCCGGUAGAAUAUACUUCAGACUGCGGAUUUAAACCGUCACAUUGGCCAGUUGUCCAUUUGGACGGAGAGAGAGAACUGGUAGUGCGCAGUGUGAGAACACAACAGAAACCACUUGACGCGGAAAAGUCCCGGGCACUUCCCGGUAUUUUAGGAAACAGAGGGACGCGUCUCACCUUACCGAAAUACCGACGCCGGUAGCCUAAAACGGAGCCGGUCUGAGCAACAGCUACCACCGGCAAAAAUCAGUGAGGUUGCCAGGGUAACCUCCCCCAGCCAAUCAGCAGUCAUGGAUGAGAUGGAUCUGCCCCAGAUGAAGAAGGAAGUGGAGAGUCUGAAAUACCAACUGGCUUUCAAGAGAGAGAAGUCCUCCAAGACAGUCACUGACAUGGUGAAGUGGAUCGAGGACGGGGUACCUGAGGACCCCUUCCUGAACCCUGAGCUCAUGAAGAACAACCCCUGGGUGGAAAAGGGAAAGUGUGUCCUGUUGUAGACGAUUACCACCCCUGACCCUGCCAUGACCUCUGACCCCAGCCUGGUGGGGCAUGGCAGGACAGCACUCACCCCCCCCCCCCCCCCACCAUGAAUGUACAACAGCUGAUGUCCAGACCCCCCCCCCCUGCUAGUUUCAGCCACGUUGAUGCAUCACAGAUUACCUUUAAUAUUCAUGUUGAUGUUGAUAUGAAGUGUAUUUAUGCAGCCAGUCACUCACUCACUCACUCAGUCACUCACUCAGUCACUCACUCAGUCACUCACUCCGUCACUCACUCACUCAGUCACUCACUCAGUCACUCACUCAGUCAGUCACUCACU